AUGGCACAGCUGGCGCAACGUGUUGGCCUGGUGGCCGUGGCGGGGCUUGUUGUGCUCGUUGCUGGUGUUGCCAUGGGUUUGCCCUUGCUGCAUGUCACAGUGACGCUCGUCCUUGCGGCACUGGUGUCUGGCAUAGCAGCCACGCUGCUCUCCAAGCGACCAUCCGUAUCAACACAGCACAUGAAGCCCACGCAAAACGGCGGCCGCGUGUACGCAGAGCAACAACACCAGCAGCACCAGCACCAGCAACAACAACAACGCGAGAACCGUCUCUUUGGCCAUGGCGCCAAUGGCACAGCUACGCUGAGCAGACGCGCCGGUGCUGGUGCCGUCCAGCGCUCGCCUGCACGUGGUGGCUUUGGUACGGCUCCAUCCACGGCUGCUCGACAAGCAGCUGGUACUGCCAACGUCUCUGCCAUUCCAUUCACUGCCACAAGGCCAGCAACAGCGUACGGCUCACGACGGGCAGGGGUGGUCACGUCCACGCCAAAAGGCUCGCCACCGCGCUUGCAGGGCCAACACACCUCGCCAAACACAGGUGUGGUGCGCCUCUCCCGCUCCUACGCUCGCUCAUACCAGCCCCCAGCUCGCAAGCCCAGGAGCGAGCCCAUGGCAAUCUCCACCCCGGCCCCCGUGGCCAGGAAGACAUACAUGAACGACGUCGUCCACGCAAACGUGCCGUCGCCGGCCAAGUUUCAAGUGUCGCGUCAGCAGCAGCAGCGGCAACAUGAAGCCGCAGAGGCGGACGAGUCAGCACCACACACAUCACCAGCAGCAGCAGAAGGCACGGCCACAGCAGAUACAGCGCCAUCAUCAGAGGCAACGGUCACACGUGGCAGGUCCCCUGAUGCACAGCAUACAGCAACAGCAUCGACAGCGGCCAGCGGUGUGGCGUCGCCGAAGACAUCUGAGCUGGUGGCUGAGGAGUUGGCUGAGGCGUUGCGCCGGGAGCGCGAACGGUACAACCAGAGUCUGCAGACGAUGACACGCGACUUACAGCGACAGCGGCAGCUUACGGAGAAGUACGAGUGGGAGCUCAAGCACCGCAGCCCGGGCGAUGAUGACGACGACGCACGCGGUGCAAAGCGCAGGUCUGCUGGUGAUGGCAAUGGUUAUGGUGAUGUUGGUGGCGGCGGCAGCCGCAGCCGCGAUAUUGGUGACGAGGAUGGUGUUGAUGUGUCGGGCAGAGGGCGCCCUGCAAAGCGCGGCAAGCGGUCCGCUGCGCCGCGUCUCUCAUCCGCACGCGCAAAGCGAGGUGCCGGUGCGUCUCAGGCCGGCGUGCGUCCUGAGCGGAAGCUUGCCAAGACAGCAGUAGCGACUGACGCAACAGCCAGCAGCGGUGCGAAGAGUGCUGCAUCUGCACGCAGCCGUCGUGGUGAUGGUCACGUGGAUGAAGACGAGGAUGAGCAGCCACGCAAGCGCGCUGGCAAGGGGGAUGCCAACGUUGCGUCGACAACAGCAACAGCAGCGCCAGCGCGAGACGAGAGCGCCGCAACCAAGACCGGCGGAGGUCAUGAUGGUGCUGAUGGUGAUGGUGAUGGAGCAGCAGAGGCGAAGAAGCCACGCUCGAUUGCAAUGCCGCAGCGGCGCCCAAUGCGCGGACACUUGACGACAGCACAGGCGCAGCGAGCAAAGGCCAUGCUUGAGGAGCCGGCCAUUGUCAAGAAGGCAUCGUCGACAGCAGAGAAGGCAUGGAGCAGCGACCGCAAAUCCGAACGCACACGUGCUAUCUUCGCCGUGACGCACACGGACUCGACGACGGCCACGAGCAAGGCGCCGUCGACGGGCGACGCGACCAAGGCCGGCGGUGCAGAGCAGAAGCCGCUGUCGUUUGGCAGUGCAAAGCCUGCUGGUGGCACCUCUGCAGCCUCCUCCCUCGGCUCCUUUGCCAUGCCGAAGAAGGCAGAGGACACACCAACAACAACAGCAAGUGCAAGUGCAAGUGCAGCAUCGGGCGCCAAAGCAUCACCGUUUGGCAGCAUGGCCAAACCACCCGCCAAGGCCGACGAUGCAAAUACGGGAGCGUCCAAGGCAUCGCCCUUUGGUAAACCCGCAGGCGGUGGUGGCGCUGACAAGCCUGACAAGGCUGCUGCCAGCCCCUUUGGUGCCUUCAAAGCGCCCGCGGCAAAGACAGGCGGUGACAAGCCAAAGGCCGAUGCAUCAUCAUCGUCUGGUGCCAAGCCGUCAUUCAGCUUUGGCAGCAGCAAACCCGCCACUGCCGCUGCCACUGCUGGCGACGACGCUGGUGCCACCAAGCCAGCAGCUGCCAGCUCGCCAUUUGGCGCUUUCAAGGCAUCACAGAGCAAACCUGCCACCAGCGGUAGCAGUGGCAGCAGCCCAUUUGGCGCAGCAACCAAGAGCGCCGAUGCCUCGAAACCCACGCCCUUUGGUGCAUCAUCGUCCACACCAUCGUCCACGUCGGCAUCAGCAUCCACCACGGCAGCAGGUGGCGGUGACAAGGCUACCGCGCCCAAGCCGUUCUCGUUUGGUGGUACCAAGCCCACCAGCGCUGGAGACGGUGCAAAGUCGUCGCCAUUUGGUGCGACCAGGCCUGCAGGCACCAGCAGCGGUGCAGCCACGCCAGCCUUGCCCGCAACGUCGUCGUCGUCUUCGUCCUCGCCGUUUGCGUUUGCAGCCAAGAAGCCGGGUGCAACAGACAAACCAGCAGCACCAACAUCGUCGGCGUCAGCAUCUGCAUCGCCGUUUGGUGGCGGUGCCAAGCCCCCGGCCUUUGGUGGUGCUGGUGGUGCGCAAACGUCUGCCACAUCAGCGGCCACUGGCAGCAGCGCCACUGCACAGGCCCAAAAGUCGUCGCCCUUCAGCUUCUCUGCAGGGAAGGGCGCCCCCACCACAUCAGUAUCCUCCUCACCGUUUGGAGGCGCACCACAGAGCCAGCAGCAGGGUCAGCAGGGUCAGCAGCAGCAGCAGAAGCCGUUUCAGUUUGGCGGUGGCCAGAAGCCGACAGGCAGCCCAUUUGGUGGCCAACAACAACAACAACAGCAGCAGCAGCAGCAGCAGCAGAGCGGUGGCGCUGCUAAGCCGUUCCAAUUUGGGGGCGGUGGUGGUGGCGGUGCGCAGCAGCAGCAGAAGCCAUCGUUCUCUGCGUCGUCGUCGUCGUCGUCGUCGUCCCCAGCUCCUUUCCAGUUUGGCAAGGGCGCCGGCCAACAACCGCAGCAGCAGCAGCAGCAGCAGCAGCAACCAAGUGGUGGUGCCAAGCCAUUUCAGUUUGGCGGUGGCGGGGGUGCGCAGCGAACCCCGUCCUUUGGUGCAGGUGGAGGACAACAACAGGGACAACAAGGCCAGCAGCCGCAGAAAGCGCUGUCGUUUGGCGGCGGGUCGUCGACCAGCACAUCCCAGACGGGCUCUCCCUUUGGCGGCGGCGGUGCCAUGCAGAAGCAGCAGAGUGGGUCGCCCUUUGCUGCAAGCGGUGCUGGCCAACAGCAGCAGCAGAAGCCGUUUAGCUUCUCUGGAGGAAGCAAGCCGUCCUUUGGCCAGCCGUCUGCGUUUCAGGCAGGCAAACCCUCAUUCGGGGGCCAGCAGCAGCAGCAGAAACCAGGCGGCUUUGGUCAGGGUGGCGGCUUCCAGUUUGGUGGCGGCGGCAGUGGUGGUCCUGGCAGCAGCAACAAGAACGUGCCAACGUUUGGUGGCAAGGCACCCACAUCCAUGCAGCAGCAACCACAGCAGCAACAAGGGUCGUUUAUGGGCAAGUCACCAUCGUUUGGCAGCACCGGUGGCAUGCCGAUGUCCUCCUCCUCCUCCUCGUCGGCAAAGCCUGGUGGUGCUGGGAUGUUUGGUGGCGCUGGUGGUGGCAUGGGCAAGCCACAGUUCCAAGCAGGUGGCAGCGGUACUGGAGGCGGUAACCCCCCGUUCUCCUUCUCCAGCGGUGGCGGUGGUCGCAAGCCCUCGUUCGGCGCGUCCAAGCCCGCUGGCGGUGGGCAGAUGUCCAUGGGUGGUGCAGGGGCCACGUUUGGUGCAGGCAAACCCUCCUUUGGUGCUGGCGGUGGCGUUGGCAAGACGUUUGGUGCGAGCGGGCCUGGCUCAGCUGGGCCGUUUGGUGCUGGUGGUGCUGGUGGUGCUUUCUCUCCAAGUAAUAACAAUGGACAGUCGCCCUUUGGUAGCCCUGCGGGCAUGCAGAGCCCAGGUGGCACAUUCCACAUGGGGCAGCCCUCUGGUGGCGGUGACUCUGGGCGCCGCCGUCGUCGCUCGCGCCGCAGGUAG